AGGAAGAGCAUCCAUAGCCAGGACUGUUAUGGUUGCACAGGGACAGCACAUGGAGAGGAACAUCUGGGCUGAUGUGUAGUUUUGAUUUAAGUUUAAGAGUCCCGUUGCGAUAGGAGGAGUAUGUAAAACGCGCUGUGAGGCCAGGAGUGUUAAAAUCAUUAUUUGGUUCAUCAGUCUCUGCUGAAACACACCGAGCGUACGAGGCCGGGCACCAAAAUCAUUCCUUCAACAUGGCUUACAGACGUGGUCCAAAAUCCAUCAGAGAGGCAUACGAAGAGCGCUUCGUGGAUUCAAGAGAGGUGACAGCCCAUCGAUUAGUCAGUAUUGUUGACAAGAGGAGCCAAAUGCCCCGCCCCCUACUGGAGUAUGACAGAGGUUUUAACGAUGACCAGUGGUAUGGUGGUCAUCGUUACCAGGACGCGGGAGAAUCUCACGGCGAAGGCAGCUACCGACCCAGUGAUCGCCGAUACCAUGACGACAACUUUGGUGGCAAUUUUCGAAGGAAUUCCUCACCCCCACGAAAUGAGGGCCCAUACUCCCAACAGUCUUAUGGCCGAGAUGAUCUGAGGCAUCAGUUAAGGAACAGUGGAAGAGGUGGUCCCCAUUACCGCAGCAGAGGUCGAGGGUCCGGCCCUCCUGUAAGAGAAGACCAUGAUGACUACAGGAGCUCUCCAACUAUAGUAAUCAAAUGGGACCGCUCUCCUGCGAGAAGGGAAGUCCAGCCGCCUGCACCCAUCCGCUCUGGAUCGAGCAGCAGCACCAGGAGCUGCUCACCCGACAGGGAGAAAGGACACAGCUACCAGCAGAGCCAGCCAAGACAUAAGCCCAGCAUGCUGACGAGCCACACUCCCAGCAGCUCUGUGGAGGAGGCUCCUCACAGCUUGGGAUCUUCAAAGGAAAAAACUCCAGCAUCUGUAGCGGAGACGGAGGAGGAGGAGGUGGCGGCUGCCAGCGUGGCGCCAAAGCCGACACCAGAGGACGACUUCAAGGCUCGCCGGUCGGAGGCCAUUAACGCAAAGGCUCUGGAAAUUGAGAAGCAUUACAGGCAGGACUGUGAGACAUUCCGCACAGUGGUGAAGAUGUUGGUGGCCAAGGAGCCCAGUUUGGAAAAUCUGCUGCAGGGUCCACUGGAUAAGAACCUGCUGGAGAUCCAAGAGCGGUGCCUGGAUUCCCUCAGGCACUUUGUGAAGGAGCUGGACGACAUGUUAAAGCAGCCGGAAACCUCUGCAUAAGCCACAGCUCACAGAACACUCAAAUCUCCACUUGUGUUAUUUCAAUGAUGUUCUCUAAUGAAAUAAUAGCGACAGUGGUUUAUUUUAAUAUUCAUUCAUUUUCCAUAACUGCUUAUCCUGUUAGGGGCCACGGCGGGGCUGGAGCCUAUCCCAGCUGACAUUGGGUGAGAGGCGAGGUACACCCUGGACAGGUCACCA